GUCUUCGUGAACCGAGCGGUCUCGUUCUGUGUCCGCGUAGCGAACACGAAAUGCGGAUCGCUUGUUCAAACACGGACCGCUUGUCUGGAGGUACUUUCGGUCGAAUGUCUGUUGAAUGUCCAACGUCAAACUAACCGCGGUAUAGAAUUUAGCGUCACGUUUUAGAAAGCUCGUGUUCCUCUGUUGUGUCGCCGGCGUCGUCCUCCCCCGUGCGUCUGGAGUGGAACAACCCGCCCGGAACUAAAUAUUUGCGGGAAACUAUUUCAGGAGAACCGAGGCGUUUAUGAAAUGGAAUCCACGAAAGGCCGAGGAGGCAAAGCGGAGACGCCACAUGAAAGUCAUGAGGAGUUUUCCAACCUGUCAUCAAUAAACAAAGUCAGUUUUCUGGAGGGACUGCAGAAAAAUGAUGAUAAACCAUUACACAGCACUGCGUUGGAGGAAGAUUUACAUGUCGUUGAGGAGGGACAGGUGGAAAAUAGAAAUCCUGGUAGAAAUGAACGUUCUCAGACAGCUAGGACCACCACUCCAAUGCAUGGAGCUGCUGUGAGGAGGGACCGGCCAAAAACAUGUGGAGAGAUUGAGACAGAGGAGAAGAGGAGUCAGACUAUAGAGGAGGGUGAUGUCUCCACAGUUAACAGGAAGUUGGUGGGGAAGAAACCUGCAAGGCUUAGAGGUGGACAGAAGUCUGCAGUGAGGCCUGUGAAAAAUAAGCAGAUGAAAACAGUGAGGAAAAGGAGCAAAUUAAUCAGUGGACGUUCCAGUGACUCUCAGGAGGAAUCUGAAUCUGGCACUAAACAACAGAAAUGUCGGAAGGUCUUGUCCUCUGAGGAAAAGGAACAUGAGGACACCAGCUGGGCCAAGGUGAGCAGAAGUAGGAAGUCUUCAUCUGGCACAUCUGCAGAUGCAGAAAAGACCAACAUCCCUGAUGACAGGAAGUCGCGAGGUCACCGGGAAGAAACAGACUUAGACCUGGUGCUGGCUGCCUUCAUUGACUUCUGCGACAAGUACAGGGAGUCUGUGGUGUCUAAAGCAGUAAAACAGUCCAUUGAUUCUUUCUCCAACAAUGUGAAAGAACAACUCUUGAAAAAGAUCUCUUUCUACAAAGAGUUCAGGUUUUUAAAAAGACAAAAUGCCAAGGUGGGUUCCUUGAUCUGUAGAAAGACUCAGAGACUUCUGGAUGCCAAGAACGAGCUGAUGAGGGCAGAGAGGCAGGUGCGGUUACUACAGACUGAGAAAGCUGAGCUUCAGCUCCGAUUAGCUGAUCUACGACUAGGCUACACCUUCCUCCAUGAUAUCAGAGAGCUCAACACACAGUACCUGCGCUACAGACACAAACACCACAAGGAGAAUGAAACGUAUGGUGCCUCCAGCAAACCGGCUAUGCUGCUGGAACAACAGCAGAAAGGAAUCAAUCAGGAGACAGAAAAAACGGAAGGAUCGUGGGAAUGAUAAUGUGUGUUGGUCACAAACAUACAGAUGAUAAAGACUGAAAUCCACAUCUUGUGAACAAUUCUAAGGUUGCAGUUAUACAUGAAUCUGGAUAAAGUAUGUUGUUGGAUGUCACAUUUGAUACAUGGCCAGCUUUAUUAUGCACAUAUUGUUGUGACCUGAUUUUAAGACUAUAUGUAUCUCAGUAAUAGGACCGUGUGCUUUUGACGUUUGUGGAAAAGAUUGUCGCAUUAUUUCUUUGAUGUUGUUAGAUUUUCUGUUUAGCCUGUGUGUAAUAAAACUUUGACCUAAAACCACCAA